AUGCCGGAAUAUAGGAACUUACUGUGGCUCGUACUGCCGCUCUUCAACUUGAUACUGUCGGCACCUGUAGGCGCGGAAAGCUUCAAUGCUGACGCAAUCAAAAGCGAAAUUCAGUUCUCUAUCAUAGCCAGAAAUUGCAGCCUGGCCUUGCAUAAGGUGCAAGACAAAUUUUAUUACAUCGAGAGCUAUGAGAAGCUCAACUGGUUUGAAGCGAAUGCCGCCUGCAUCCAGGCUGGCUUGCAACUAACCACUAUAUCCAGUGAACAGGAAUUUUUUGAGCUGGAGUCGUAUUUGUCGCGCAUGGGCUUUCGAGGUGAUUGGAUUUGGAUUGGAGGUUUCGGGCGAGCCUCAUGCACUAACACACAGCAAUGGCUAGACAUUCAGACCCAUGCCCAACUAAGUCCCGGUUCUGGUUCCGGCCGCGGUGCCGACCAGGAAUAA